AUGUUUGUUGCAAAAAUAAGUAAUACAGCAGAUAUGCUUGAUAAAGAAUACGGAAAUCCAGAUAAGCUAGGGUUAACGUUGAAUGAGAAGGCAAUUCUGAACUUUGCAUUUAUCUAUUAUGGUAGCUUAAUGGAUAAUAUAACAAAUAGUCUUAUUCCUAUAUCUGCCAAAAAACCGAUACAACAAUUAACAUAUGGCAAAACAUUUAUUUCAUCGAAUUAUUUUAUGUUAUCUUCACAAAUAUUUUCAUUAAUGAAUUUAAAUAAUUUAAGCCAAUUGUGUGAAUAUCAAGCUAUAAGUACUUCUAUCUGUUAUUCUGGAAAGAAACUUGGUCGGUUUAUUGAGAAGAUGCUAUUACCUGUUAUUGUAUAUCUCAUAAAGCUGAGAAUUUCGCGAGUUAUAACGAAUCCUAAUGAGUUUACAACUGCGUGGAGUUAUAUUAAAACACCUAGUUUUAAGCAUCCUGCUAUUACUAUCACUGUGCACAGGAGUUUGAAUUUAUACUUCAAUACUCCAAUUGGUUUUCCUUCUUCAAUGCGUGACAAAUUAGGAGAACAAACUGAGCAUGUGGAAUCUCUAAAACCAAGUUCGAACCCAGCACUUUUUGGGUAUGUUUUUCCAGUUAAUAAUUAUAUUAAGGAUAGUGUCCAAAGCGGUCUUACAGGAUAUACAACCGAUAGAUUAAUAAAGUAUGCAGAAACAUCCCUAUUAGAUAUCAAAAGACAAGGUAAAUUGGAAGAAGCAAUGAAGGCCAGAUUGGAGCUCAAAAAGAUUAAUGAGCAUCCAAUUAUAAAGGGUCUAAAAGAAGAUCUACCUAUGAUAGCACCACAAGAAUAUGAAAGAUUGCAAAAAUUGAAUUCUUC